AUGCCUCCAACUGACUCGGAUGGUCUGCUAUCAGACAUUGCAGAGAGUUCUGACCAGUACCAGGUCGUGCCUUCAUUGGACGACGAUUCGCAAGCGACAGAACAAAACGCCCUUGCCGUUGAGCCAGCUAGCGAUUCAGUAGAAGACGAACCGGCGCCAUCGAAGCCUCCACAUCCUGCCCUAAUGCUGUUGUUUCGUGUGAUAAAGUUCAUCAUGCUACCGUUUUGCAAGAUAUUCUUUGCUCCUGCAGCACAAAAGACGUUUGUCAAGACAACUGUGAUGGUUGUCACUCUUUCCUGGAUCAUUGUAACCAGCAUCGUAGCCUACGUUAUGUUUUACAACCAAUAUGUGCCACCUAUCACUCAUGUGCAACCCAUUUGGUUUCAUUACAAGGCUCUGCAAGGACCCACCGCCUGGGUCAAUCUUCGUUCCAUGCCACUGCGACAUGAACAAGUAUAUGAUGUGUCUGUGCAAUUGCACGUCCCUACGUCUGAUACCAACUUUGAUAUUGGCAAUUUCAUGAUUGAUCUCGGUUUAAACACACAAAAUGGGUCCGUUAUCCUGCAUUCAAGUCGACCGGGCAUUUUGAGAUAUCAAUCUCAAACGCAAAGAAUCAUGCGGGUGUUUGCAAAGGCGCUUCCUUUGCUUGUCGGGUUAACAGAAGAGAGUCAAGUAAUUACAAUCAAGCUAGUGGAUAAUUUUAUGGAGCUCAAGUCAAGAGCCGUAGAUUCUGUUUCGGUUGCUAUUUCUGAUCCAAGAAUUCAAAUCUAUGAUGCGAAGUUGAUGAUUCUUGCCAACUUCAAAGGUCUUCGAUACUACAUGUAUUUCCACAGCAUUCUUACUGCACUUGCCUUUAUAUUUACAUUUGCAAGCAUCGAGUUUAUAUUUGCCACUGUUGCAUGGAAAGGUUUUGGUGAGAACAUGUGGCGCAAAUUGUCCAGCUUCUUACUGGAAAAUGAAAGGCCUGUUGAUCCAUCCUCUCUACAGAAUGACCAAGCAGCAUCAAAUGGCAGCACAGAAGAGGAGGAGGAGCAAGAGCGAUUGGAUCAAGGGGACGAUGCCCCUUCCGUCUCUGAUGAAUCUCUUAGUGUCAAGUCAGAUUGA